AUCUAUUAUCGAUAGAUAACAAAUACAAGCCAGCUGAGAUAAUCUUAUAAUAUUAUUUUGCGUUACGCUAAAUCUCAUAAGAAUAUCCUUCAUCACUGUCAAUGUUAUUUCAUAGAUCUCGAUUGAAAAAUAAAUCAACACGAUUCGGAAAUAGAAAAUUUAUGCUUAUUUUAUACAACAAAUUCGAGUUAAAAACUAUUUAUUACAAGAUUGCAGGAUAUAAAAGGCUUUAUUUAUUAGGAAAAGUGACGCCCAGAAAAGAGUUUUUUAGCUUUUCGCCAUCUAUGCUGCACACAUCAGACCUCAUUUACACGAUUUUUAGUUACGGGUAUUGAAAACAAGUGGCAACACAACAAUGUUUAACCAACAGGCAUGUUUUGUACUACUGUUCACUUUGAUAUUCAAAACAAUAGCUGAUGAUAACUAUAAAUUGCAGUUUGUUCAGAUGAUAUAUCGUCAUGGAGACCGUGCUCCGAAAAGGACUUAUCCAACUGAUCCAAAUCCAUUAGGAGUUUGGACAUUAGGCUUGGGAGCGUUAACUCAGAACGGUCGGAGGCAACAUUAUCAUCUGGGAAGACGCUUCAGGGAAAUUUAUAAAGACUUCUUCACAACCAAACCAACAGAGGUAAGCUUUGCUUAACUU